CUGGCUGACCUCACCCACCCUGACUGACCUCACCUACCCUGACUGACCUCACCCACCCUGGCUGACCUCACCCACCCUGGCUCAACAUGGACCAUCAUCACGUCGAGAAACUGAGUGCCUCUCUUGUCCGCGAGUAUCUUGCCAGGAAGAGAUUGAUGAAGACACUGCAGCUGAUGGAUGAGGAACAAAGUGUAUUUACCACGUGUGUUCGCAAUCGCCUCAAACUCAUGAAGGCGUUGCACAUUGGGAAACUCAUGAAGCGCAAUAAGAAGCUGGAUUCUCCUUUGGAAUCCAUGAUUGAAGUCAUUGUCCAAUUUUUGCUUGGACAUGUACGUGCAUCCAAACAGGGAACAAAAACACCAGAGAACAAUCAUAUUUUUGAGGGUAUGGAAGACCAACUUGUGAGAUCCUCUGGUCUUGAUGACACUACUGUCACAGGAAAUGAUGGUGACAAUUUACUUGCUGGUAAUAUAACUAAUAGAAAUUCUGGUAUAACAGUUGAUGGUGCUACACAUAUAGAAAAUGAGCAAGAAUCAUGUGAAGGUGCCAAGGAACAGUGCCAACAUAUCCGAGAACCCUGUAAUGUGAAAGAACAGUUUAGUAAAGAUAAAGAGCAAAGUUUGUCAUCGGAACUGCAAAUUAGAAGUCCAGUUAAUGCUGUUGAAAAUACAGUACCCGUUAAAGCUGUUGAAAAUGCAUAUAAUGAAGAGAAUUUUUUUGCUGUUAAUGAUUAUAGUACUAAAGUAAAUGAUGAUCAGACUGGGAAUGUUUUACCAUUUGUCAAUGUUUUUAAAAAUGCUGAAAAUUUAUUUCUAUCCCUGCAAGAUUCAACUGAAUCUUCAUUGGAAGAAUCAGAGACAUAUUCAGACUCUGAAAUCAGUGUUUCAUCUGUUGUUGAGCUUCUGAAGGAUAAACCAAGUGGAUGUGGGAAUAAUUCCAAUAUAACAAUGAAUAUAAUAAAAAGAGAUAGUUCAGAAUUAUUAGGAGUGCCAAACUUGUCUCCUAAAAGUUUAGCUGCUGACAGUCACCACGAAAAGGUUGAAGUGAUAGUUGCAUGGCUCGAGAAAAGUGAGAAUAAGAGAACAGAUAGAGAUGCUUGUAAGACCUUAGAAACAUGCGAAUAUGAAACCUCAGAAGAUGAAACUGAGGGAACUGAAAAAUGGUUGAAAGAGAGAUCUGAAAAACACAAAGGAUUUACUAAAAUUUUAAGAGAACAGAGGAGUGAAAAUGAGAAGGAAGAACCAAAUGAGCUGAAAUUUUCAUCUCAAGAGGAGCUGGGGUCGGGUGCUCCGUCCCGGGCUGGAGUGGCGACACUCUCUCGUCCGGGUACGCAGGACUUGGGCCACACACCCCAGCACCUCCUGUUGCUACACCAAAACUCACACCACGAAGAUGUAGGAAGUCUCCGUCAUGGCGGAGGAGGGAGCGGGAGCAGUGGGGAAGGCAGCAGGAGGUCGCCAGAUUUGCUGCGACUCAACACUCACGCACCAAACUUCAGGACAGCCCACACUCUCGACGACCCGCUGGAAACCUACCGUUCUGGCCCUGAGCUGAAAAAUGGUCUCCACGGUCCUCUAAAGUCUCACAGCAACGGUCACAUCCCUGGCAGUGCGUUACGUGGCUCCAUGAAUGGUUACACACGGAGAAAUGGAGGUUAUUAUAAUGGCUCUGUACCUCGAAGUGGUCAGGGCAGGAGUGUGUUUGAUACCGACCCCGAUGAUGAUAUUGCCACCAUUGCUGCUCAGAGGGACCAGCUAAGAGGCGCCAGAAGUAUACGUGGGAUGAUGGCGCCAGUUACGAGUAAAGAGGAGGACUCGCAUUCCAGAAGUGCCCACCGACGGAUGACUUUCACUAAACAGCGCAGUGAAUCCAUACUUGGAGACCAUGACGUGUCUGAGUCGAAAGAAGAAGAGGACGAGAAGUUUCCUUCCACCGAACACACAGAAAACAGAGACAAGAGACACAUGGCUGGAUAUCUCAAAGGCAAAAGAGGCGGGACAGAAAUGAGUAGUCAAAUCCUCGGUGCUCUGGGUAGUAUUAGUUUGAGACCACCUGUGGACUAUCUAGAAACUAAUAGACAUCAUGAUAUAAUGGCCCAGUCUAUUAGGCGACAGAGUUUGAGGGGAUCCAAACAGUCUCUCUUAGAUGGUAACUCUGGCAGUUAUGAUUCCAACACAAGCUCAAGACUAAGUAUGGAACCCGUGAGCCCAGAAGGUGGCAAAUAUUCCAACGCUGAUCAAGAACUCAGUGAAGCAAAGAGAAAGAACUUACCCAAAUUCAUUCCUAGUUCCCAUGAGGAUAUUCAAAUUCUAAAUCUUCAAGGUUUCAUGGAUGCUUCGACGUUGAAGAGUGAUGUAAGUAACAACAGUAAGCGGAAAAACAAGAAGAAGAGAAUAAAACGGGGAAUAGAAAUGGGACACCUAGACAAGGGGAGAGAACCCUACAAAUUCAACGCCAAGUCACGAAGGAAGAGGAACCACAGACUAUCAAAGAGCCAUUUGAGUGAUGAUGAUGGAGAGAUGAUCCUGAAGGAUAUAGAUGAUCUGGACAAUAAGGUAGCUGGGCUUGUCUUAGGACCAGAAAAUGUAAGUAAGGAAUCUCUAGGACGACCCAUCACCCUAGAAGAAGCGAGUGAACUUAGAACAAUUCUUACUGGCAGUCCAGCCCAGCCUCUUCCAACUGAAUGGCUGUCUCAAAACUUCAAACAGAAUCCCAAUCCCAAUUUAUCAUACGGACUUAUUCAAAAGAAGGGAGGACCAUGUGGAGUAUUAGCAUGUAUUCAGGCAUACAUGAUGAAGUGCUUAAUAUUUGGUACAACUGUAUCUCCAACAACAAGUCCAAUAAGUCCCCUUCGACCUUCAGAGAGAGAAUGGUUAUGGGCCCUAGGAGUGGCAAUCACAGAGAUCCUUUGGAAAGCUGGUCAGGAACAGAAAGCAGUGCUGGCUAUGCCUGGCUCAUUUGCCCACUUCACGGAGCAUGGUAUUGGUCGCUACAGCCAAGAUGGAAUGACGGAGAACCUCACUAUACAUGAGUUUAUUGAGCAGCAAGACCUGUAUAAUGCUGUAACUCGGCACAUCACAGCCUUCACCUCAGAGAGCAGUUCAGGCUGUGUUGUUCUCCUGUAUUCACUUAUACUCACCAGAGGGAUUGAAAACAUCCAGACUGAUAUGGACUCUGGCGGAGGACAUCUUAUAAAUGCUCACGGUUACUCUUCACAAGAAAUUGUAAAUCUUCUCUUGACGGGAAGAGCUUUUACCAACACUUUCAACGGAGAUCAGACUUUAGGCAACAACGAUGGUCAGAGCCUUGUACUUCAUGGCAUCACCCAUAAAGCAGAAAUUGGGCUUCUAUCGCUGUUUGAACACUAUGACUGUUACAAGGUUGGUACAUUCCUCAAGAGCCCACAAUACCCAAUAUGGGUAGUGUGUUGUGAGAGUCACUACAGCUGCCUGUUUAGCCGAGAUACUUCUGUGACGUCAGACCUGCCCUCAGUCAACAAGUUUGACAUUUAUUACUAUGAUGGACUUGCACUUCAAGAAGACGAGAUAAGACUUAAUAUUGAAUUGAAUGGAGAGGAAAGUGAUCUGGCUAUCACCCCUCCUCUAGAGCACUGCAUUAGAACCAAAUGGAAGAAUGCAUCAGUGAUGUGGAAUGGAACAGAUCCAAUCCUUUAGAAAACUUUCUUUUAUUCCAGUGGUGAUGGUGUUUGCUGGAUGAACACUGAACACAGUCUGAGAUACUAGGUAGUGGAGUUAAGUGACAAACUGUAUAAGGACCUGGGAGGUAACUCUAGGACCAGGGACUACACUCAUCAAACGAUAUGGUGUAGACUAUAAAGACCCCACAGGCUCUCUGGUCCUAAGUGCUUGGAAAACAAAGAAUUAAAUGAAGAAGGAUCCCUUUCCUCUAAAGAAAUAAAAAGUUUUAAAAAAGUACUUGAAAUAGUUAACUUGGGAAAAAGUGUCGCGGCUGAACCCUUCCUCAUCUUCCCGCUUCCUCUGGGUGUCAGUGAACAACAUUGUGAAUGUGCUUUUCUUCAACAUUGUACUCACAGGUUUCAUGUUGGAUAACACUGGUGGACCUUGUCAUGUUAAUAACAGAAGACUGAUUUGAUUUUGUUAUUUCAAUACAAGAAAUACUAUAUGAAUGUUAGAUUAAUCAUGAUUCUUUUUAUUUCAUUCAUUAUUAAUCUCUGUAUGUAAGUAAUCAUAACAAACUAUUGAUGAAUUAAACCACCUGUGUUAUCGUUUGGUAAAGCCAACUGUCUCUUCAUCAUAAGAUUUUAUUUUGUUUUGCAUGUGCAUAUUUAAAAUUGAUGCUGUAUACAACAUACUGCAGUUAGGCACCCAUGUCAUUGUUUGUGUCUAUGGCUACUUCAAUAGUUCGGAUAUAUUGAAUCUUGCCACAAAACUUUGAAAGUGUUUGACUUGAAAUAUCAUUACUGUGUGUCAAAUGUACCUUGUGAUAAAGUGAUAAUCUUAUAACCUCCCAAACAGGAGUUAAAAAUAUAGUUUACAUCAUCAUAUUAUUUCCUCAGAAUAUGUCCUAUGGUUUGGUUGAUUUGUUAUGUUUGGAAGCAUUAAAUGGUGAUGCAGUUUUUAUGAACAAUAUCUAAAAAUACUGUAUAUCUUUGUAUAAUAUGAUAAAGUGGAUACCACCAGUAAUAUAUAAUUAAAAAAUAAAA